AUGGAAAUGGAUAUUGAUGAGGCAGACGUCUUAGUUCUUUCUCAGGGACUGGAGAAAUCUAGCAGAUUAACGUUCGAAAUAAAUAAAUCCUUGAAGAAAAUAGCCACGACUUCAAACCAAUCAAGUCAACUAUUUACACCUAUACUAUCAAGAAAUAACAUGUUGAUUACAUUACAAAGAAAUAUUGAAAGUGUAUUAAACUCCGUGGCAUCAGUGAAGGAUUUAGCUAAUGAAGCUUCCAAAUAUGAGAUCAUAUUACUUAAGGGGAUUCAAGAAAUUGGCUUAAAACAAUACAUUCAAGUGAUUCAUAAAUUAGAUGAUAUGUUGGAAGAUAUUAGGACAAGUGGUAAUGAAACAAACUCUGAAUUCCAUGGUAUUUUGACACAUUUAUCUGAACUGAUUACGUUAAGUGAGACUGAAUUAAGAUCGUAUUUCGUUUCUAUCUUAAAUUCUAUUAGUCCAUUUGAUCCCCAAAUUUGUAUAAAUAAAAAACAACCGUUCCCUUAUUACGAAGACGAACAAUUGAAUGAAAUGGCAUCCAUUUUAGAUUAUUUCCACAAUAAUUCUGAUGAUUCGAAUAUUCAAGAUGUAUUCAUCGCAGCAAGAAGUGAUUUGAUUUCAAAAUCAAUGGCGUUCUUGGAACCAUUCGCCAAGUAUGCUAUCAACUCGUCAAAUAAGAAUGCUCACUAUGAGAAAAAUAGUAGUGGUAUGAUUAGUUACACAGAAGCAUUGUUAGGAUUCAUUGCUAAUGAAAAAUCAUUGGUGAAUGAUUUAUAUUCACAAUAUACGAAAUACAAACCCAUAGUUAUCAACAGUAUUAUUACUCCGUUGAUUAAUUCGUACUGUAAAAUCUUUAACAGUAAUAUGAAAUCAAUACGGAAUGAUUUAGAUAAUAUGGGACUUUUCAGUUUUGAAUUGGUAGAAAAUAUUCAUAACGUUAUUAAAUCAUUGAAAAUGAAUCAUGAUUUAUACGAAAAUGAAACUUUAAUGGACUGUGCUAAUCAAGUUCAUAAAGUGACACAGUCAUUAUUUAAAGAUGCCAUUGAUAGAAUUGCUACUAAAGUGAAUCAAUUGAAUUCUAUUCCAUCAGAUAAUGGAGUCACUGAACCAACUGUAGACACUAUGUCAAGACUAAGGAAAUUUAGUGAAUAUAAAAAUGGUUGUCUUGGAGCUAUGGAAAAUAUGUCAAGAGAGAAUUGGUUACCAAUGAAUUAUAAAGAAAAGGAAUAUACAUUUAAUGGGAAUUUGAAUUCUAAUGAUCAAUUGGCUUUAAUGUCCUGCUUUGUUAGUGAUUGUAUUGAUACUUUGGUGAUUUGUCUUGAGAGGAAAAUUCAAAAAAUAUUAAUGCCAAAUCAAGAACCUGACGUGGCUAAUCCGAAUAGUCCAAGAAAUAAACAAAAACAAAGAGUUGGAUUUUGUAUAUUAAUGAAUAUGUCUCUGGUGGAACAAAUUAUUGAAAAAUCCGAAUUAAAUUCAAUGUUAGGAAAGGAAGGGCAUAUAAGAAUGGAAAAGCUAAAAAAAAGAUAUAUAAGUUAUUUAGUAUCAGAUUGGAGAGAUUUGACAGCUAAUUUGAUGGAUUCUGUUUUCAUUGAUAGUACAGGUAAAAAAUCAAAGGAUAAAGAGCAAAUUAAAGAGAAAUUUAAAAAAUUUAAUGAAGGAUUUGAAGAAUUGGUUUCUAAAUCUAAACAAUAUAGAUUAUCUGAUCCUGCUUUAAAGAAAGUAUUAAAAUCUGAAAUAAUAUCAUUGGUUAUGCCAAUGUAUGAAAGAUUUUAUAAUAGAUAUAAGGAUUCAUUUAAAAAUCCAAGGAAACAUAUCAAAUACACACCUGAUGAAUUAAUGAACGUAUUGACUCAACUAGUACGGUAA